CCUGAGAGCGGCGGCCUGGGACUGGGCUCCCAGCGGGCGAGACCGAGAGCGGCGGCCUCGGGGCGCUGGACGCGGGCGGCAUGGAGGACGACGAGGAGGAGGAGAUCACCGCCGCCACGCUGCGGGGCAGGCCCCGGCCGCCGCCCAUUUCGGCGCAGUCGGCCUUCAGCUACGUCCCGCCGCGGCGCCAGGACCCGAAGGAGCACAGCUAUUACUACCGCGAGAGCAAGGCAGGAGUCAUUUCCCUCUAUGACUGCAUUUUUAAGAAGAACCUAGGAUAUAAUCAGAAAUUGCAUCGAGAUGACAGAGAACAUGCAAAAAGCCUGGGACUCCAUGUUAACGAGGAGGAGCAGGAGAGGCCCAUUGGAGUGCUGAUGUCGUCUGUCUACGGGAAGCGCAUCCACCAGCCAGUGGAGCCUCUGAACCGGGACCACGGCCGUGCCAACCAUUUGAAGGCCGACUUCUACAGGAAGAAUGACAUCCCCAGCCUCAAGGAUCCGGGCUUUGGGCACAUUUCUCCAGCCUGAUGCCCUCCCUGUGCCCCGAAGGGUGCACUGGCAAGUGAGGUUCACGGAUGGGUGGCACAUGGGCCUUAUUUCCCUUUCAUAGACUCUAGGAGCCGGCCCGAUGCCCCUCUUGGGCCUCGACAGUGGGAAGGAUGGUAGCCCCGUUCCCUCAGGUUGCCUUGGUGAAGAACCUGGCCAAACACCUGUAAUGCUUAAGGUGAACAUCUAGUGUGGCGGUUUUCAUGUCGUUAUUUCAGAUGAAAUGAUGCUAGAGGCUGAUCCACUGG